AUUUUUCAGCUUUAUAUGAAUUUGUCGUCUUCGUCAGAGCCUUAUUCUUUCGCCUUUCGUCUUUCGCGGUUUUUAUAUUUACGAAGAGGCUUGAUUAUACAGUGACAUAAUGCAGAACGAGGAGGGAAAACUCACUGAGUUAUACGUUCCUAGGAAAUGCUCUGCCACUAACAGACUCAUAACUGCAAAGGACCAUGCCUCGGUUCAGAUAAACAUUGGCCAUUUGGAUGAGAAUGGUAUCUACAAUGGUCAUUUUUCCACGUUUGCUCUCUGUGGCUUCGUUCGAGCACAGGGUGAUGCUGACAGUGCACUAGACAGGUUGUGGCAGAAGAAGAAGCCAGAAGUUAAACAACACUAGAAGUGACCAAUUUUUUGCCUGAAGUUCUAUGAUUCCUGGACAUAUUUCACUAUCAUGAUUGUGGAACUUUGGUAAUUUAGUUAUAAGUUUUGCAAUAUUUUGUUUUUCUCUGCUGAAAGCUGCUCUUUGAUCUAUUAGCACUGCCUUCAGAAAUAUUUGUUUCUUUACUUCAAUAAAUUUCGUUGAUUU